GUGCCGGACACAGCAACGAAUUACGAAGCUGAAGCUUGCGUUGACCUGUUGGUCAAUCAAAUAGUGUUUACAACUGUUUACGGAAGAAAUCCAGCGAGUGCGGUUAUCAUCGGGCACAGUGUAACAAACGCGCAACAAGAGGUUGCAAAGGUUGAACAAGAGGAGCACUAAACAAACAGCAGUCGUCAUGGAGCCUCCACCGGCGGGCGGAGGAGUUGCACAUAACAGCACACACAAAUUUCAUCCAUGUGAUGAAGCAGUUAUUGCCACCAAUGACGAUGCCAGCGAUUGCAAGCGAGGUGCUGUGCGCCUUGGCUACUGGAAGGACGAUUACAUUGGUUACUUUGUGCGCAAUCAGGAGCGAAAAGCGCCGGAGAUAAAUCGUGGCUACUUUGCGCGAGUCAAGGGCGUUGAGAUGUGUGUGGAGAAUUUUCUGAAGAAAACCGCUGGGAAUUGCCAGAUUAUCAACCUAGGCUGUGGUUUCGAUACACUAUACUUUCGCCUAAGGGACACAGCGCAUCAGGUGAAGAACUUUAUUGAACUGGACUUUCCAACAGUCACGGCACGCAAAUGCUAUACAAUCAAGCGAAACAAAGCGUUACUGGCCAAAAUCCAUGAUGAAGACGGCGAGGUGCGUCUCAGUCCGACGGACUUGCAUGGACCCAGCUAUCAUCUGAUGGGCGUUGAUUUGCGUAAUCUCGAUGAGGUGGACAAUAAACUGCAGCAAGCCGAGGUUGACUACACGCUACCUACCAUCUUUUUAGCGGAAUGCGUACUCGUUUACAUUGAGGCGCAAAACUGUAGAAAUCUGCUCAAAUGGAUAGCACAGAAGUUUCAAGCCGCUGUUUUUGUUAACUACGAACAGGUCAACAUGAAUGAUCGAUUUGGCGAUGUUAUGCUCAACAAUCUACGCAGUCGUGGCUGUAGUUUAGCCGGCGUGGAGUCCUGUCUAUCACUGGAGACUCAAACCAAUCGCUUCAAGGAUUGCGGAUGGAGUGGAGCACGCGCCUGGGAUAUGGUCCAAGUGUACGAUAGCAUUUCGUCAUCGGAGCGGCAACGUAUCGAACGUUUGGAAAUGCUGGACGAAGGCGAACUUUUGCUGCAGCUAUUUCAGCAUUAUUGUCUCGUUGUUGCCUGGCUGGGCGUGGCCUUUCAGGAUCUAGAUAUAACUGUGGAGGAUCUGAUGUCUUCAUUAAAUAUCGACUAGUGGAAAAUCGUUUUUAGCUGCGACUCAAGACAACUGUAAAGUUAUUUAGUGGAUGUACUUCCUGUAAGAUCCAUGCCAAAAGUUUGCUUCAGACGUUACGCAGAAUGUGUUACAAGUAAAUUAUAACGUAUUUAAUGCUUGUCAUUCACACACACCACAAACAUACAAAAGCACAAAUCCGUGCUUUAUUUACCUGGCUUAUUUAACGCACCGAUUCGUAAAUUCUCAAGUGUAUUUUAAUGAAUAUUACC